AUGCCCUAUGCAUCUGCAGAGCAUUGCAGCUGGUCCCACAGGAAAGCUAUCGCAGCUGCAAACAAGAUCAAGCAUGACCAAGCCAAAGCUCUAUUACAAGACGCUGAAGAUGCUCUUGGCAAGGCAUUGCUUGACAUUUCUGCUCAAACAGGUGUCUCAAUUGGAUGCCUAAUGGCAAACAUCAUCAUGCAGAGCCACUCCGGAGGGUCAAUCUUGCAAACGCAGCAAGGUCUUUGGUUGCUAAGGAGGCAAAGGAUUGCACUUGUUCAGCAAGAAUCUGUUAUCCUUGCUCAGGAGAAGCUGGCUGAACUGAAAGGAGAUACAGCAGCUUGUGCGGCUGCAGAAGCUCACCUUGCUCCAACUCAAGAGAGAAGGCAGCUGGGCCUGCAAAUCAAUUGGAAAGGCAGGCAGCAGGACACCUGCAAGACUGCAGAUUUGUUCCAUCAGCAGGGUUGGCUGCUUCUGACCUUGCAGAAUCCCUCAGAGGUCUCCAAUAUGGCAGACUUACAGAAGAUACAAGGAGCACUGGACAGUGGGCAGUGCUUCUUCUGGACAAUGUUGCCUGAGGAGCUCCAGUGCCGCAAUGCUGAAAGGGAGAAGGAGGCAGAGGAGAAGCACCAUACUGCUGAGGUGAGGAAGGCUCUCACAAAACCAAGGGCACCAGCAAGUAGGAAACAGCCUUUUCCAGAGCUGGAUGCAGAGCAACAUGCUGCCAAGAGCAUCAUAGGACCAGUGGUACAAUGUCCAGCAGGGUCAAACAGCUCAAUGCCUUCUUCCCAGAUCCAGCAAACCCCUUCCUUCCUCAAUGCAGCAAUGUUCCCUGUUCCACUGCCUAACCCUACCUCUGCUGCUGCCCAGCCUUGCCCUGCUUUUCCUCCGCCAACAAAGAGAAUGUGGACAAUGCCCAAUGCUGCAAUGACAGCAGCUCAAGUACUGUCAGUGCCCAAGACAAGUGUCAAUCAUCUCCCAUUUCAUGACAUCAUGAACACUCAGCAGGGAAUCAAUGUUGCAGUGCUGCACAAUGGGUUGUUCUUCUUUGCUCAACAAUGA